UAAAUCCAAACUGAACUGAAAACCGAUAAAUUGAUAGGGUGUAUAAGAUAAUACUACUUUAUUUAAUAAAACCCUAAAUUGAAAGAAGCUCUGCUUGGAGAUGUCCUUUUUUGGUUGCAGAUUAAACUAUCCUCUGCUAAACCUCAUACUUUCCAAGCAGCCCUCGUCCUACCCACUCGCCGCUUUGACUCGCUCUCAAAUCAGGUUCUACUCUACCAACGGCGACGACAACGACGACGUUAGUAACAAAGAGCUGAAAAGGCGAAUACAGAAGUUCCUUGACGGCGAUGAAGAUGCUAUGCCUUCAAUCUUUGAAGGGAUUCUGAAGAGGAAGUUGUCAGGGAAACAUGAGGAAAGUGAUGAUGAAUUGAUGAAAGAGAUUCGCGGUGAAUGGAAACAGCCUCUAGAUGAUGCUGACGAUCUAGAAUUCGAUUCUGAUUUGACCGACUCUUCUGGUACUGAUGGAGACUAAUUGUAGGUCAGGAAGGUGCAUUAUCUGGAUGAUCAUAUCUUAUGAAACAAUAUAUGAAGAUAUUAAUCGUUUAUACUUGAAAUGAUCAAGAGAGUAGGGCAAUUUUAUUCUAUUUUCCUAGAAUUCUGCUGUUUAUUUCUUUAGUGGUUGUUAGCAAAAGUAACGCAGAAUGUUUGUUAGUAAAUUUAUUGUGAUCAAUUUUUAAUUUAAUUGAUUCAAUUGAUUAAUUUUA